AUGGAUGGGGGCGACAAAGGACCGGAGAGUUUCGCAGAUCUAGUGAUGCUGGUUGCCGCGGCUAAGUCGAAAGUACCAGCAGGAAUAGCUAGUCCAGCAUCCUUGCCUGGCAAGGCUUCUGGCCAAAACGACGCUGUAGCCGUUGCUGAGCCACCAGAUUCCGCACUAGAUUCCGCAUCCUCCUCCUCCCUACCCAUCAAAUUUGUGAACUCACCCUCGGAUUCUCAUUCGGCACUUUCCCUAGCUCGCAGCGCACUCGCUGCCAAUCAAUCGUACCAACAAUCUCUCAACUCCCUUGCGCAGUCCCUUCGGACCGAGCUUGCCCAUUCAGAGAAACUCCUCGGAGCAGUGGAGCGGAAUGCCACCUCAAAAGGCAUCGAUUCCGUACCAAGGACAUGGCCGAAAGAGCACGUAGUUCUCAUCAGGGAAGGAUGGGUCGGAAUGAAGACCGUCAUUGGGAGGAAACAAAUAUUUGCAGAUGAUUCACCUUUCCAUGAUGAUGCGAUUAGGCACAAACGGUAUAGGGAUUUGACGACUCCCAAACCAUUUACUCCCAAAGAACGCUCCGCACUGAUAUCUGCGGUUCAUAACGAGAAUAUGCGACUCCGUGCCCGCGAGCUUGCAUCAAGUGGUGCUACAGAUGCUCUUGAUCAAGUUCGCCAAUUACCAGCUACCGAUCUUGAACGAACGCAUGAUGGGUUGGAUUGGGACAGAAUUGCCUCUCAGAUCCAGCGGAAUUAUUAUUCGGAGCAACGAACAGCUCAAGAAUGUAAAAUCCAGUGGAUGGCAGCGGAUCGUCCGGAAUCGGCCGAUGCCACAGACCUAUCAUGGGACGACGAGGAAGACACCAAAUUACGAUCCUUGGUUGGCGACAAAGACUACAAGCAAGGGGAGGUAGACUGGGUGGUAGUUGCAACAGAGCUAGGGGGAAACAGAUUACCCAUUCAUUGCCUCCGUAGGUUCCUCUGUCUGGAAGGCCUCGCGCUUCCACAGCCAAAGAAAGGCAACUCUUCCUCCCAGCGUCCAGGUGCUGGAUUACCUCGUGAAAAGGAGCAAUGGACAGCUAAAGAAGAUGCUGAGCUCCUCGAUGCGGUGCACGAUCUAGGGGCGGGUAACUGGCGUGCAAGUGAUUUCACUGUCACUCUCUACCCUGAGAACCCCCCUGCUUGUGCGCAACGAUAUCGUGCCUCCCUCGAUCCCACUAUCAAAAAGGGAGAGUGGACACAUUCUGAGGAUGAGAAACUUAGGGAAGCGGUCGCAGUUUAUGGUAUUCAUUGGAGUAAAGAGGAUAAAAAACUUCGACAGGCUGUGAUCGAGCGGGGUAUUAAAGACUGGAAUGUCGUUGCCGAUGUCGUUGGCACUCGUAGUGGCCAGCAGUGCCAACGUCGAUGGGGGAUUCUUCAGAAAUCGCCGAACAUUUCUGCGCCGGACAAUUCGAAAGACGUACCCGAAUCAAGUGCAACGCCACUACGGAGGUCUAAACGGACAAAGAAAGCCCCUCGUGAUGGAAAUGGAGACGGUAAUGCCAAAGAUGACGUGGGGCCCAACACUCCCGAUCCAGCUGCCGAUACGACCACGUCUGAAAAAACUCGCUCAACCAAGCGAGGAAGACGACAACGGAAGCCCCCGACUGCAUCGGAUUCCCAGUCUACGUCUACUUCUGCCAAUGCAAUGGACGGCAUGCAGGAAGUAACGUCAGCCCGCUCAGAUCACCAAGGUGCAGAGCAAAGUGCAGAAGAACCCCCACGUCCAGUGAAAUCCAGACCGAAACCCAAACCGAGGAUCAAGGAAAAACAUCAGCCAAAAUGCACCAAUGUUGAAGUUUAA